CCGGAUGUUUUGUACUCACUCGGUGUAGUUUACAUGUUGUCCUCAAUCUAACCCAACCCCGUCUGUUUUGCCUCAUAGUCGUGCACCUGUCAGUUUUCUUGCUAAACAAACCAACCCGUCUAUUGGAGAAGCAGUUUCUAUAUUAAUAUUGUAAUGUCUUUGAUUUUUUUUAAACUCAACAACCUUUUCUCGCAAACAUGUCAGAGAUCACGUGAUACAGGCAACAACCAAAAAACGUCACAUACAUUAACCAAAUUCAUCGAAGGUGCUUGAAGGCCCAAAGCACCUUUAGCGCCUAGUUAGCUAUUCCAUCCGACACCGUGGGGCCAAACGUGACUCACCAAACGGACCGAUUUCUCCUGCACAAAAUAUCUUUCAGGAAAAACUGAACAUUGCUAUCUAACUAAGAGUCUCCUCAUUGAAAACAUCCGAAGUUCUUCAAAGCGUAUAAUCACCAACACAGAGAACAUACUGCUAUGGCAGAACCAGAUGUACAAUUUAAGCUAGUGUUGUGCGGAGAUGGAGGUACAGGAAAAACCACCUUCGUGAAGAGGCAUUUAACGGGAGAGUUUGAAAAGAAAUACGUUGCGACUCUGGGAGUAGAGGUGCACCCCUUGGUCUUCCACACCACUCGAGGGACCAUCAAGUACAAUGUCUGGGACACAGCCGGCCAGGAGAAGUUUGGGGGGCUCAGAGACGGCUACUACAUACAGGCCCAGUGUGCGAUCAUCAUGUUCGACGUCACAUCUCGCGUCACCUAUAAGAACGUGCCCAACUGGCACCGCGACCUGGUGCGCGUCUGCGAGAACAUACCCAUAGUCCUGUGCGGAAACAAGGUGGACAUCAAGGACAGGAAGGUCAAAGCCAAGAGCAUCGUGUUCCACCGUAAGAAGAACCUUCAGUACUAUGACAUCUCAGCCAAGAGUAACUACAACUUUGAGAAGCCCUUCCUGUGGCUGGCCAGGAAGCUGGUAGGAGACCCCAACCUAGAGUUUGUGGAGAUGCCAGCCCUCGCCCCCCCAGAAGUCGUCAUGGACGCCUCCCUGGCUGCGCAGUACGAGAACGACCUUAAGGUUGCCGCAGAAACAGGGCUUCCAGAUGAAGACGACGACCUUUAACCUGUGACCUCGCUGGCCUCCAGUGUUCUGGGAGCGUGCCCUAUUGCUGACCUUUUUAAUUGUAAAAGCCUUCCCCCAAUGUUUUUUUUUUUGUGCGUUUCAAACUGAGAAUGUGUGUCUGGUUGCGUGAAGAUUUCAGUAGAGACCGACAGGAGUAGAAGUUUAGACUGCUCAAAGUAGGCAUUACUCACACGCAUACAAAUGAAAGACUUUGUACGCUCGCUGUACUAUACUGACUAAGGGUGAUAUGAAAUCACACUAAAUAAAAACUAUUUGAAUACAAACUA